AGAGGUUCCACGUGGCAAUCCUCGAAAGUAACGAAGCGAAGUUGAACCAACCUUGGAAUCAGAACCUUGACAUCGCACUUAUGGUUUUCCUAUAAAUACCAUAACACAUUGUCCCUUACUCCCAUCAUUUAAAGUUUCAACACUUGGUGCUCUCCGUCCCUCGAUCCAGAUCUCCAAUGGCUUCCCUUUCGCAAUCUCCCAUGUCCCUCACAUCUCUUUCCAAUCAAUCUCUGGUACCUCGUGCUAGUUUUUCCAACCCAAGUUCAGUUUCCCUUUCAAUUAGGGGGAGAAAUUUCCCAUCCAUUGCUUUGCAAUCUAGAGGACGUCGGUUUCAAUUCAGAUGUGCGGCAAAACCAGAGACAGUGAAGAAGGUGUGUGAAAUUGUCAAGAAGCAGUUGGCACUGCCAGAGGGUUCAACUGUUACUGGAGAGUCUAAAUUUGCCGCACUUGGAGCUGAUUCUCUUGACACGGUUGAGAUUGUGAUGGGACUUGAGGAGCAAUUUGGUAUCAGUGUGGAAGAAGAAAGCGCCCAGAGCAUCACCACCGUUCAAGAAGCUGCUGAUAUGAUUGAUAAGCUCCUUGAAAGCAAGGCUUAAAUUAGUAAAGAGGACAUGCAUGUCCAUUUUGGAGUUUUCUGCUAUUUUGGUAGAAGGGAGUUUAAAUGUUUUAGUUUUUAUCUUUGGUAUUACAGUUUGAUUGUUCUUCAAGUAACUGCUAGUUCUUUUGUGGUUGCAUAUGGAUUGCUAUAAUAAUAGUUUUAAUUUUAUAGAACUCGAGCCUUUCUGUUCCCAUUGAAUGAUAUUGGUCCUCAAAAAGAAUAAAAUCACUUCCGUCA